AUGACAGCAAAGGAAUAUUGCUCCUGCACAUUCAGUUCUUUUUUUCUUUAUUUUCUCUCUUGUUUUCUCUUUUUUUAUGUUAGCUUAUUUUUCUUGCUAUGUUUUAUUUUACUUUGGCUUUGCUUCUUCUUUUUCAUUCUCUUUUCUCUUAUCUCAGUUGCGUUCUUGUUCAUCAUUUUGUCGUCAAGUUUAAUUCCGCCCUCGUCAUUCUUUCCAACUGUUAUUUUCUUAACAUAUUUCGUCUUUCUUUUAGUUUAUUACUUUUUCGGUAGACAUCUCUUUUUCUUCUUUUUCUUUUAUUUCCAUUCUCUCUUCUCUUUUGUUCUCUUUUCCUUGUUCUUUUUAAAUAUUCCUCACCUCUUCUUUCUUUCCGUCAAUAAACUUUUAAACAGAUUCUUCUCACGUGAAUUCUUCUCCCUCCUCCGCAUCCUGAUCCUCCUUCGCACCCUUAUUCUUCCUCCUCCUCCUCCUCCUCCUUCUACUUCUUCUGCUUCUUCCUCCACCUCCUUCCUUCUCUUUCUUCUUCCUUCUAUAUAA